UUACAAACAUGGCAGAUUUUUAGCGUCCCCUAUCAACUGGUCAUCGAUUUGAUUGCCUAGAUGUUAGCGCACCUCUCGAUGACUCCAUAAUCAAACAGGAUAUUUAAGAAAUGUUAACUGAGAUCCUUGAGAUUGGAACUAAAACUGGCGGCAGCAACACUCUCUAAUCUUAUGGCCUCUAGCAGCAGCAGCAGAUCAGAUGCUUUGGUUACAUGUCCUACUUGUGACUACUCUGUUCUUCAAACGCCAGGAAAGAAGAGAACAAUCUGUCCCAAAUGUGGCAACUUCUAUAGCAAAGAAGCAGCAGAUAUUGCCACAAACUACCACAGAAAUAGACAAUCUCAGCAUGAUCAAGUUACCCUAAGCCAAAGGAAAGCAAAUCCCUCACAAAGAAAUGAUGAAGGUGGAGGAAGGUUACAUUCAAUCACAAACUUCUUUCAAAACUUAGCUCCAGGAAGUAGGAGAUCCAACAGAGGCUCUAUAGAAGACAAUGAUGCCCUCAAAGAGUCUCUCCCUCCUAUAGAAACAGGUCCUCUUUUAACACCAAACAGAAAUUCCAGGGUUUCAUAUGCCAAUAAUGUUAAUGGCGGCAGAUCUGAAGGGGAAGAGUAUUCUCCACGAAUCAAUGAGCCUUGUGGGCCCAACUGCAUUCACCAAAAGAGGCAUCAUAGUGGUCACCAGUCUCCGGCUGAUGGAGGUCACCUACUGGUCAGCAGGGAUCUGCAUUCAUCAAGAAUGCUUAGUCCAACAUUAAACAGUAGAGUUUCCAGUAGCUCACAUGCUUUAAAUUGGUCCUUAGAUUCCUCCGGAGAUUCCAGCCAUAAGAAGAUAGACAUUCGAUCUAGAAGUGCUGAGUCAUUAAAAGAAGACUUUUUAAUUGCCAAAAAGUCUGGGAACUGGCGGUCAUUGUUGGAUUUUUAUACAGCAGCUUUUGAUUCUUUUGAUGAACUCAAUUCUUUCUUUAAGAAAGAUCCUAACAAAGAAUAUAAAACAGUUGAUGACCCUGGCAUCAAGACUGAUUAUUUAAAUUUAGUCUAUGAUAUACUAGUCAACACUCCUCAAGGUCUCCAAAAGGAAGUUUUGAAAGCAAUUAUUAAUUCAUUAUUAAAAGAUAAAAGGAGUCAUGAUGGAAGGUUAUGGCUGUACUCCAAAGAUGAUCUACGGGCAUUUUAUAUUCUUCUUCAGAAUGCACAGUUUAGAAGUCAGUCAACCUAUGUGAUAUUUGCUCAUUUACUACGACAAGUUGCUGCCUUAUCAGAUCAUGACCACCACUACCUGGUGCAUUGGUUUAAAAGAUUAAAAAAUGAUAGGUUCCGUGCUAUCAUUGAGAGAAUACACAAUUUUAUCUCCGUGAGAUUAUUCCCACCCAAUUCUGGAGAACUACCUCCCCUAGCAAAAUGCUCUUGGUGGAUUCCUAGUGCAACAAAAGUCCUUGCAUUAUUUAAUGCAGCCAACAAUUUGCUAUUGCCACCUAUUGUACAGUACUCUGAGUUCUACAAUAGCACACUAGAUCAUCUUGACCUGAUGGCUGAGUACUAUGCCUGGCAGAAUCCCAGUUCCCAUGCAGGAUUCUCCUUUUGUCAAUAUCCAUUCAUACUCAGCAUUGCUGCCAAAAAAUCAAUAUUGCAGAAAGAUUCAGAGCAACAAAUGAUUAUUAUGGCUAGGAAAAGUCUUGUUGCCAAAGUACAGCGUCGCCAAUUACCUGAUAUUGGCAUGUUGUUUCUAAAUUUAACUGUCAGACGAUCUCACCUUGUCUCAGACUCAUUAACAGAGAUUGCCAAGAAGCAACAUGACCUAAAGAAAAAAUUGAAGGUUUCAUUUGCUGGUGAGCCUGGACUAGAUAUGGGUGGAUUGACUAAAGAGUGGUUUCUUUUAUUGGUCAGGCAAAUAUUUAUGCCAAACUAUGGAAUGUUUACAUACGACAAGCAAGCUGGAGUCCAUUGGUUCAGCCCCACCCCCUGCGACAACUAUCAGGAAUUUAAUCUUGUUGGCGUUCUAAUGGGCCUUGCAGUGUACAACUCCAUUAAUCUUGAUAUCAGAUUCCCAGGCGUCUGCUACAGGAAGCUACUCUCACCUGCAGUAGUUCCAUUCAAUAACCCACGAGCUACUGUUGGUGUGUGCAACGUAACAUUACAUGAUCUUAAAGGAGUGAAACCUGAAGUAGCAAAAGGCUUGCAAGAUUUACUGGAUUAUGAUGGAGAUGUAGAGAAUGUUUUUUGCCUAACUUUUGAGGUUGUACAGUCAUCACCUCUUGGAGACACAAAAACUGUUUCCUUAAAGCCUAAUGGAGCAAAUAUUCCAGUAACAAAUGACAACAGGAAAGAGUAUGUCCAGCUGUAUACUGAAUGGCUGAUCAAUACAUCCAUUUAUGCUCAGUUUCAAGCUUUUUACCAUGGUUUUCAUAGUGUAUGUGCUUCAAAUGCUCUCAUUAUGCUCCGCCCAGAAGAAGUAGAAACUUUAGUUUGUGGCAGCCCAAAUUUAGUCAUGGAAGAUCUGAUGAAAGUGACAGUCUAUGAUGGAUUUAGUCCCGAUGAGCCCACAAUAAAGUAUUUCUGGGAUGUGGUGCUUCAUUUAUCAAUAGAUAUACAGAAAAGACUUUUGCUGUUUGCUACAGGAAGUGACCGCAUACCUAUUGGCGGGAUGGGAGAAAUGACUUUUAAACUAUCCAGGAUUGAUGAUACUAAUUUGUUACCCAUGUCUCACACGUGUUUUAAUCAGCUGGUUCUUCCACCUUACAAGAGCAAGAAGAUUUUGAAGCAGAAACUUUUAACUGCAAUUAAUAACGCUGAGGGCUUUGGCUUGGAGUAGCCUGUUUAUGGGAAUGCUCUUUCAUUAAAGUUCUUGUGGUCGCUACUAUGCCAUCAGUUUGUUGAACUUGAUUUGUUGAAGCCAUAUAUGUUACCACAUUGAAAGAAAUUAUUGUGCUCCAAAAUGGUCUUUUUUUCUAGGUUAUAAAUUGAUGACAUCCUAAGCUGAGGUGUGAUAUUAUUUUUAUUCUGCUGAUAGCUUAAAGCGAAAUGUUAUUUUAAUUUGGUUUUCAAUUAUUAAAACUGAAAACUUUUAAGUUAAUCAUUGUUACAUCAAACAAAUGCUGUUGCUGUUUAGUUGCUGUUUGUACUAGUGCAGUAUAUGAUAAAUGACUCAAAACCUUUUCACUUUGUCACAGCUGUUUUAAAAUGUUUUUGUUGAGAGCCUGAAUGGUUGUUGUGUAUUUAUUAAACUGUUAUUAUUGAAUUUUCUUAUUUAUUAUGUCAUGUUUUUUUUUCUUAACUUGUAAAAAAAAAAACUGCCAAUUAACCCAUCUUGAGUUUCACCUAUCCCUUAGUCUGUUGAACCGUUGGGGCACCAGGCAAGAUUUGUCGACAGUCUUUCUCCAUUCUUUUGAAUUGGAUAAAACCUCAUUCAAUGGCAAGCCUGUCGAUACUUUUAUGUUGUCUUCGCAUCACUUUCUCUGUAAGCCUCUUCUUCUUUUUCCUGGUACUGUUCCCUGAAGGAAGGUCUUUGCGAGCCCCGAAGACAUUAUAAUAUGGCCAUAGAGCUUUAGUUUGAAUUUUUUAACAAUAGUUAGCAGGUCAUUGUGGGGGUCCAAUUGCUGUUGUAGCCCUGUCUCUAAUCUCUUCGUUUGUGAUGCAGUCUUUUUGAGUAUAGCAAAUAUCUCUCCUUCCUUUUUUAACAUUGUACCAAAAGAAUAUAAUUUUUCCAGCAGAAGAAUAUUUUUCAUGAGUAGAUUCCGCAAUACCAGCAUGUCUCUAACACUAGUCCAUGACCACAUUUAUUAUCAAUUAGAGCAAUGCAUUAUGUCUGGUAUGUCGUCUAUGUUUAGAUGUUAUGUAGUUGAACAAACUAGGUUGGCACUAGAGUUCUACAUUUUGAAUGUAACUAUUGGCAGGACCAUGUACAUGUUGUGAUAGAUGAAAAAAAAGACUUGGCUUGGUAUUUGUAUUUCUUCUUGUCACUGCAAAUGUUACUGCAAGUUCUCACCUUUAUAAGACAAACAUUUUGCUUGCUAAGUUAAAUAGACAAACAUUUUGCAUUCUAAUUAAAUAGACAAACAUUUUGCAUUUGUUAAGUUAAAUAGACAAACAUUUUGCAUUUGUUAAGUUAAAUAGACAAACAUUUUGCAUGCUAAGUUAAAUAGACAAACAUUUUGCAUUUGUCAAGUUAAAUAGACAAACAUUUUGCAUUUGUUAAGUUAAAUAUACAAAAAUUUUGCUUGCUAAGUUAAAUAGACAAACAUUUUGCAUUUGUUAAGUUACAUAGACAAACAUUUUGCAUUUGUUAAGUUAAAUAGACAAACAUUUUGCUAGCUAAGAUAAAUAGACAAACAUUUUGCUUGCUAAUUAAAUAGACAAGCAUUUUGCUUGCUAAUUUAAAUAGAAAAAGUAGUUUUUAUGGUCCUAAGUACUUUAGUUUUAUCUUUAAAGGUUUGUGUUAUGAAGAGCUUUAACUUGCAGCAUUGUAUCAGUUUAACUAUGUCAAAUACAAAUUGAUUGGAAAAAAUUUUAAAUCUGUAUUUUAAAUUUCCUAAGAAAGUGUUCCUAAUGUUACAGAAGCUGACUACAACCUUUGAUCUAGAUAUUUGCAUCAUUUCUGUUUGUUUUGUUACUGCUGGGAUUCCUUCAUCUUGGGAACUUCCAUUGUUUUAUUAGAGUGGUCUUGUUGCCAAAUAUAAAUAUAUAUCUUCCUACAGAUGUGAAGCAACCAUAUUGGAUCAUCUCAUGGAAUUGAGAUGAAAGCCUGGGCAUUAACUCUUUCUCUCCUAAUUAAUGAUACUAUCAUUAAUUUGACCUCAUUAAAUUAAUUUCUGGUUUUAUAAACUUUAAUUUGUGUUACAUAAAAAGAGCAUGCCUUCUCCUAUAAUCCUAUACCAAAAGUAACUUAUUCUGAUUACAAACAAAAAUGUUAUUGAAGUCUAAUCGUAACAGGGUAGAUUGCACACAUGUGAAAAAUUGACAAUUCUGUCAGAACAUGGAAAAAUAACUAUGGAGAUAAAGAGUUAACUAUGGUUGGGAAAUAUGUUGCUCUCACUGUAGUCCCCCCUCUCCAUGCAGCUGAUGUGUCCAAAGGAACGGCAUGUUCCAAUACAGCUUGAGAUCAGUUCUAUCACAAAUAGACAUUUAUUUGAUAUUUCAGAUUUUUCCUUCUGAUUUCAAAUGUAUGACACUGUUUACAUUAACUUUGAAUUUUUAGAACUAUGUUCUCAGUUGAAUCACUUCAAUCAUAGCAUCUUUAUAAAACUAUUAGUUUAAAAAUGAUAGACAUAAAAUAAUGAAAAAGUGAUUGAAUGAAUGUUUUGUGGCAACACCUAAUUAUUAUGACCAUAUACUAACUACCUUCUGAAGGCCUGAACAAAUCAUACCCUACCGAUGUGCAACUUUGGUUCAAUACAAGAAAUUGAUGUAUGGUUAUAGAUUAUUCUGACCAUUUUUAGCCUGUUGAAUAUUUGGCAUAGCCCGGUGUAAAUUUAAUUUAUAAACACAAAGCUUGUCUUUUACUUAAGAAAAUUGAUAAUACUGGACUUUGAUGUUUACUUUUAUGUAAGUUAAUUUGAUUGUAAUUGAUUUAUUUAUUUUAUUUGGUAUAUGCCACAUUUUUAAAAUAGAUUCAAGCUCUGUGUAUCUAUAAAAACAAGAAAAUUAUUUUAAAAACUGUAUUUUUUAAAAUGGACAGUACCUCAUUUAUACAACUUUUAGAGCAAUUUUUUUGCUCUUAAUAAUUAAUGAACAUUAGAUUUUUUACAAAAAUUGAACAUUUUUACCCCCCCUCCCCAAUCCCACCUAGCAGCGCAGUGGCUGAGUGGUAAAGCUCUUGGCUUUCAAACCAGAGAUCUAGGGUUUGAAUCUUGGUGAGGACUGGGAUUUUUUAUUUCAGGAUCUUUAGGCGCCUCUGAGUCCACCCAGCUCUAAUGCUUACCUGACAUUGUUGGGUAAAAGUAAAGGUGGUUGGUCAUUGUGCUGGCCACAUGACACCCUCAUUAACUGUGGGCCAGAGAAACAGAUGACCUUUACAUCAUCUACCCCAUUGAUCACAAGGUCUGAAAGGGGAACUUAACUACUACCCUCCAACCCACGUCCCUCCCGAGGAAAAAAAAUCCUUUUGUACACACAAGUAAAUAAUGUCUUCAAGUAGCAAUUAAAAAGUUGUAAACACAGAAAUAUUUAAUAAUUAUUCAACUUUGUAAGAAAUGGUUUGGUAAACGUUGGGAUCUCUUUCAUAUUUAUAAGAAUAAUGUUGUAAAAUACUGUAAUAAUUAAAAUUGAUAUUUAUCCUGACAAUUGGAAUUAAUAAUAACUGUAUUUCUUAAUGUAAAUGUUUACAAUUCAAAGUAUUUUGUUUAUAGAAUGAUCUUUUAUAUUUGUUUCUAUUCAUACAUACAUUAUACAUACACAUGUAUAAUUCAUUUAUUUAUUAAUUGUUAAUAUUCAUAUAUAUGUAUAUGUAUGUACUAUUUCCGUCCACAUAUCAUUUACACAAUUUAAUAAUAGCAUUAAGAUAAUUGCUACUUCAUUUGGUCAAUGUAAAUACUUUAGACAGGAGGAAAAAUGGGGGGGGGGGGGCUCUAUAAUAUCAAAGAUGUGUCUUUAUCAUAUGAUAAGCUCAUUUAGUAUUUAGUACCUACUGAAAUUAAUGACCAUCUUCUCUAGUGCUAUUAGAGCAUGGAAUGGGUUGCCUGAAUCUAUCAGGAAAACCAACUUGUCAGAGUUUAAGUCAUUGGUUGACAUGCAUGACUAGAUUGAACUAAAUUCAUUAAAAUCACAUACGUUGUUUUUUUCCAUUUAUAACUAAUAAAAACAACAGAUUUUUACUGAAAUAUUCAGGUAUUAAUAAGGAAUAAUAAGGAAUUUUCUAUUAGAUAUGAAAUUAUAUUUAUAGACAAAUAUAAAAAUGUAUAUAUUUCUAAUUUUACAACAAAAUAUCUUAUAUAUAUUUUCUAUAAAAGAAACAAAAAUUGUGCUUUACUCAAAUUUUGCAGUAUUUUAAAAGCCUAAAGGUUUAUAGUUUUUUGUUGUUGUUUUUUUUUUGUUUUUUAGUUUGUUUGUUUUUUUUUGUUUUUUUUACUAGAGAAAAUAUACAGCAUUUUAUUUUUAUUGUAUAGCUUACAUUUUACAUCUAAGAUUAAUGUGCAAUAAACUAAUACUUUAAUUAAGGUAUUUAAAAAUUCUCAGAUGAUUAUUUGCGUUUACUUGUUGACCUUUAUGUUUAUUGUUCCAUUCGCAAACAUAAAAUAUCUCUGAACUAUCAGGGUCUAUUUAUUGUUUCAAUUACUGCAAACUAAUUCACAUACUUUUGGUUGAUGAUGCUUUGCAUUCAAUAUAUGUUGACAAAAAAACAUGUUCUUUUGACUCACUUUAGACUUGAAAGCAAAUAAAGUGUAUUAAACAAGG